AUUUUUCACGUUAAAAAUGGAUGGUUCGCUUUUAUUCCGAGGAAAAAAAGCAGAAGUGGACCAGCAGCGUUCAGCAAGUGAGUGACGUGGGUUGCGCACGCACACACGCGAGCUGACACUUUGCGGAGCGCGCAGAAGACAGCGAGCGACAAACGGACGGUUUGGCUGUCUGCUGAAGUGAUCCCGCCAUGCGUGAAUACAAGCUAGUGGUGUUAGGCUCUGGUGGUGUGGGCAAGUCCGCUCUGACAGUUCAGUUCGUACAGGGAAUCUUUGUGGAAAAAUAUGACCCAACAAUAGAAGACUCCUACAGAAAGCAAGUGGAGGUAGACGGGCAGCAAUGUAUGCUUGAAAUACUCGACACAGCCGGCACAGAGCAGUUCACGGCAAUGAGGGACUUGUACAUGAAGAACGGCCAAGGCUUUGCUCUGGUUUACUCCAUCACAGCACAGUCUACAUUUAAUGACCUCCAGGACCUGAGAGAACAGAUUCUACGAGUAAAGGACACCGAGGAUGUCCCGAUGAUCCUGGUGGGCAACAAGUGCGACUUGGAGGAUGAGCGCGUGGUGGGCAAGGAGCAGGGCCAGAACCUGGCCAGACAGUGGAAUCACUGUGCCUUUUUAGAGUCCUCUGCUAAGUCAAAGAUCAACGUCCUCGAUAUCUUCUAUGACCUGGUCAGACAGAUAAAUAGGAAAACGCCAGUGGAAAAGAAAAAGGCAAAAAAGAAAUCCAACUGUGUGCUGCUUUAAAGACGCUCCCUUUCCUCCAGCCCCUGCAGCAGCUCUGAGCCAGAAAUGCUGUAAUGAAGAACUGUUGCCCUGAUUGGAACGUGCCAGCAUUCCAACAGCCCCCCCAUGCCCCACCUUCCUCCAUCAGCCAUAAACGGUGAAUCAGCUGACCGAACUGCUCCUAUCAAAGACGUGGGGUGAUGUACGACAGAGACAAAUACAACGCUUGUGUGUGAGAGAAAGAAAGACAGUCGGCUAGAGAAGACUCAGCUCUGGCCACUGAGGACACUUCCUGUAUGUAUGAAUGUGUGUGUGUGAGUGUGUGUGUGUGUCAUGAAGGACACUUCAUUUCUGCACCCAAGUAAAAAAAAAAAGCCUGUUUGACAGAAUAUCCAUAAGGCGGCUAAACGCACGCAGCGGCCCCAACCUGGCCCCGCCCUCUUCCGUUUUCUUUCUUUGCCUCGUUCAGCAAAAAAAAGAAAGCGGAAGGAAGUGAAACAUUCGAUCUGAUUGAGUAUUUCUCAUCUUUUUCAAUAUGUUGUAUUUGACAGAAAUCCUGGAAGUCAACCUAUUUAGUUGUGUGAUUUCUAAAUGUUCUUCAAAAACGAGCAUGAAAAAAAUGUCCAUCAGUUAAUAAUGUAGAUGUGUGAUAACCAAGUGGAAAAGUCAGAUUUUUUUUUUUUUUUUGGAUGGCCACAAACAUGUUCACCAUGUCAGUGACGAUAGAUGAAGAUCUAUAAUCUAAGAUCUAUAAUCUAUUCUUUUCUCUAUUCUUCCUCAUGGACUUCUUCUCUGAUGUGACUCCAUUUUAUACUAGUCACUGGGAUUUCAUAGCUCCCACAUAAUAUAUUCUAAUGCCAUUUUUUUUGCAUAAUGCUUCUUCAGACGAAAAAAGGGGUCUUUUAUAGAAGAAAUAGGGGGGGAAAUAAGGAAUGAUUUCUAUGUCUCUUGAAGCUGAAAUAUAUUAUACUAAACCAAUUCGAAUAAUGCUUCUUGUGUUUUUCUGUCAACAAUGUUCCAGCGUUUAUGGAUUAUUAAAGUACAUUUUAGUACAUUUUCAUGAUAUUGGUCAAUGUAUUUUUGUGAAUUAAACUUUUAACCAAAGU